AUGUCAAGCCAAAAUAUUGCAACAUAUAACGACUGCGUCACCUCCCUCCGCACCUCCCUCAACUUUCUCGAAUCCUCCGUCGAAACCCUCGGCAACGGCGUCUCCGACUUCCCUCGCCUCAUCACCAUCCUCAAGACCGUCCGCCACUACGAACUCAUCCCCCAACCCACGCUUGCCGCCGCAGAAGCUUCUCUCCGCGACGAAAUAGGCCCGUACAUUUCCCUCCUCCUCGACCGCGCCGACCGCCAGCUCCAGCGGCGAGAGAGACGCAUAGAGACGCUGAAGGCCCGCGCCGAGCUCCAGCAUGGUCGCCUGGCGGAAGGUUCUUCUUCCUCCUCCUCUUUAGGCAAUAAGACGAGACGAGGGGCGGCCGCGUCGGCGACGGGCAGGAAGCUCGGAGGAGAUGAGAAGUUCAGGGCGAGGGUUAUAAGACAGAAGAAGGAGGCGUUAAAGUACAGCGUAGAGAGGUUAGAGUUGGAGGUAUUACAGAAAGAGAGGGAAUUAAGAAAGAGGCUAGACAGUUAA